CUUAAUCAAAAAGCUUAGUGUUGGCCAGCGGGAUUAAGCAUGCCACACUUGAAAAUGUACCGACGUACCGGGUCAGGACUUAUUCCCUCUACCCUCCCGACUUAAGCCAGAAUUGCCUUUCUGCGUAACCCAACAUUAAUUCAAUCCUGCUGGAAAUUUCUUUGGAUUCUUCCUCCGGUUUCUCGGAAUACGACUGAAACCAUGGCAAAAAACGUGUUUGCCGUCCAGGUAUUCUUCAUCGUCUUUAGAGAAUGCCUGGAGGCCAUCAUCAUCAUCUCUGUCCUCCUCUCAUUUCUCAAAAAAUGUCUCGGAGGGCCUGACCAAGAUCAGGCAGUCUAUAAGCGCUUGGUAAAACAAGUAUGGGCUGGUGCCCUCUCCGGAAUCCUUCUCUGCCUAAUCAUCGGAGGCAUCUUUAUUGGUGUCUUCUACGGCUUGGGAACCGACAUUUGGGCUAAAUCCGAGGAUCUGUGGGAAGGCAUCUUCUAUUUGAUCGCUUGCAUCAUCAUCACCAUCAUGGGUCUUGCUCUGUUGAGAAUCAACAAGAUGCAAGACAAGUGGAGGGUCAAGAUUGCGCAAGCCCUCGACGAGAGGACAAAGGAGUCGAAGAAAUCGUGGCUUGGCGACUGGUCUCGGAGGCACGUCAUGUUUAUCCUGCCAUUCAUUACAACCCUUCGCGAGGGUGUUGAGGCGGUUGUGUUUGUUGGAGGCGUGUCAUUGGGAUUGCCAGCUACAUCAUUUCCCCUCCCAGUUGUCUGUGGCGCGCUUGCGGGGGUCGCUGUUGGCCUUUUCAUCUACCGAGGCGGAAACAUGCUCUCCAUUCAAAUAUUCUUGAUUGCUUCAACGAGUGUUUUGUAUCUGAUCGCUGCGGGAAUGUUCUCAAAGGCUGUUUGGAGUCUCCAGUACCACACCUUUGCGGUCAAAGUUGGAAGCGACGUCUCGGAAGCAGGCAAUGGACCGGGAUCAUACAACAUCAAAGAAACCGUCUGGCAUGUCAACUGCUGCAAUCCCGAAACCGACAACGGAUGGGAUGUCUUCAACGCGAUUCUGGGCUGGCAAAACACUGCCACUUACGGUUCAGUCAUUUCGUACAACGUGUAUUGGAUUUGCCUGGUGUUGGCCAUUACCUGUCUGCUAUAUGAGGAGCGGACCGGCUCACUGCCGAUGAAGGAGCCCAUCUUGUCGACCCUUUCGAAGGUCCCUGGGCUCCGUGGAUAUAUUCAAAAGAAGCGAGCGACCUCGAAUCAUGAUGUCAAUGAGGUUUUCAAUCGGGUUCAACAGCAACAUAUGAGCCCGGAUGCCAUGUAAAAUAAUCAGGCUGGAUCAUGUCGUCCAUAUUUUGACCUUAAUGGUACUAUAUCAAUUUGGCAAUAAAAGAAAUUCAGUGAGAUGUUAGAUAAGAUUGCAUAAACUAUCGUAGUGUUGCAGAUAAACAAAUUGGACUAUAGUCGUUUCUUAUUCAUCGUUUCG